GUUUCCGGGUGGGGUACCCUAAGAAUGAGUACUAGCAGUCCCCGCUUCCGGCGUGAACGGCGGUGGGGCUGCUGACGAGAGCGAAGCUGUGUGAUGUGGACCCUCCGGGCCGCCGUCCGCCGCGGGCUGCCGCUUGUCCGAGCGGCCUGUAGCUUCCGUGGGGGCUUUGCGCCAGGCCCCCGGGAUCGUCGUGUCCGCGCGCUUUCCACCUUUAGCGGCCAGAGCCCAAACAAGGGCAGGUCGCUCACUGGGUCUGGGGGAGGAGCGACUGCUGGGAGAGGCCGGAAAGAGGAAGACGAGGAAGAGGAUGAAGCAGGAGAGGAGGAGGAGGAUGAAGAGCUGCUGCUGGAGCGGAAGCCUUUGCUGCCCCAAGGGGCCCAGCGUGUAUUUUUGCUUCACCCGGAUGUCAAAUGGGGAGCUAAGAAACAGACGCUGACCCGAGCUGAACUUCAGGUGGCUGAGGCAAAAGCUCUCGUGCAUACCCUGAUGAACUGGUCAGUGGAAGAGACAAUGAUUGUAUCAACAAAAACCCCAGACAAGAAGCUGGUGUUUGGCAAGGGGAAUUUUGAGCUUCUGACAGAAAAAAUUAGAGGAUCACCUCAAAUAACUUCGGUCUUCUUGAAUGUAGAAAGAAUGAAUCCACUGACAAAGAAAGAACUUGAAACUGCCUGGGGAGUAGAGGUAUUUGACCGAUUCACGAUUGUUCUUCAUAUUUUCCGCUGCAAUGCUAUGACUAAGGAAGCUAAACUUCAGAUUGCUUUAGCUGAAAUUCCACUUCUCAGGUCAAAUCUGAGAAAUGAAGUUGCUCAAUUAGAUCAGCAGGGUGGUGGCUCUCGCUCUAUGAUGGGAUCAGGAGAAACCUUCAUGCAAAUACAGCAGCGUGUCUUAAAAGAAAAAGAAAUAAAAAUUAAGAAGGCCCUGGAGAAGCUUAAGAAAAGAAGACAUCUUCUCAGAAAUCAACGUAAGAAGCGUGAGCUUCCUGUUAUUUCUGUAAUGGGAUACACAAAUUGUGGAAAAACCACUUUAAUCAAAGCUCUGACUGGGGAUGCAGCAAUUCAACCACGUGAUCAGUUAUUUGCCACUCUGGAUAUCACAGCCCAUUCUGGAUCUUUGCCUUCCCGUAUGACUGUUGUUUAUGUAGACACCAUUGGAUUCCUCUCCCAACUUCCUUAUGAUCUCAUUGAGUCCUUUUCAGCUACACUGGAAGAUGUAGCUUAUUCAGAUGUAAUAAUCCACGUAAGGGACAUCAGUCACCCUGAGUCUGACCUCCAGAAAGCAAGCGUUUUGUCUGUUCUAAAGAAUCUGAAUCUGCCAAACCAGUUACUAGGUUCAAUUAUAGAAGUUCACAACAAGGUGGAUUUGGUAGAACGAUAUGAACCUACAGAACCAAAUGCUAUAACCAUUUCUGCUCUUCUUGGGCAUGGAUUGGAGAAACUGAAAGCAGAGAUAGAAAGUGCAGUUUUGAAAGCAACUGGAAAAAAACUUCUCACUCUUAAAAUUAAGCUGGAAGGAGCUCAACUAAGCUGGCUUUAUAAAGAAGCAACUGUACAGGAAGUUGAUGUUAUACCUGAGAAUGGAACCGCCAAUGUUAAAGUCAUCAUAAGUAACUCAGCUUAUGGCAAGUAUAGAAAACUCUUCCCGAUAUAACAAUGUAUUAAUUAUAUUAUGGAACAAUUCAAUGUUUUAAGCAUUCUGAAGGAAUGCUGCCUAAAUACCAAAGGAGGUACUCCACUCUGCCUCACAUUUAAGAUAUGUUUGCUGCUAUGUGAAGUGACAGUGAUGGCAAUCUCACUUUGGAAAUGGAUGUCAGAUUGUUAAUUUUGAGUUGCUCUAUAUAGAUUAAAAUUAUACUGGAUGAAUCACCUUUAGUUUCCAGAAAUUUGUUAGAUCCUGAGUGCUGCCUUCAUUUGUUUUUUAUCUGUAAAUAAAUAUUUAUGUUAUUUUUUGAGCUUUUUAAAUCUUAUGGGGUUUGUUUGUUUUUCAUGGGAGAGGAAUCACAGUAAAGAAAAAAUGAAAUUUGCCUGUCCAGCCAUGUAUAUUCUUAAGAUGACAGAAAUUAUACAUUAGUCACUAACCCCUUUUUUCCCCUCCCCAUCCAUGCCACUCAGUGUUUUUAAGUUAAUACAAUUUCACCCUUCAGGAGAACUAAAACAUCUUUCUUCUCAUACCUCAAACAUAGCCCAGCUAACUCAUUCUAUUUUAAAUAGAAAGAGAGAAAAUGUUUGUAUUUUAGGGCUUAUGAUAGGUAUCACCCUAUCUUGUUUGUUUCCUAACUAUUUUCUUAUCUAGGCUGAAUUAUUUCUUUCAUUUCCUCAUUCUUUUCGCAAAAAACCUAUUAAGCUCUAACUAUAAGUAUUGCACUAUCCUCAUCCUAAGCAUUGAGCUUAAAAAGUUAAGAUUUGUAUAGGCCUUGCCCUCAGAAAAUUUGCCUUUUGCUGGGAGUGAGUAGGGAAGUGGAGGAAAACUGGGAAUAUAGCAGAUGGAAAAGGAAGAAGGCAACAGGUGAGGGUGGGAAAAAGGAAACUAGAAGGAAAGCAGAAGUAAGAAAUACAUCUUCUCUCAUGGCAUUAGACCUCUAGAGGCAAAUAUUUGUGUUAGUGGGUAAUAGAGUUGUAGAAAUCAUAAGGACAUUCAAUUAUCCACCAAAUUCAUGACUAUAUGAUGAUUCCUUUACAUUUUAGGAAAAUUUGAUUAUAUUAUAGAUCAGAUUAUUCAGAAAAAUACAGAAUAUGUAUACCACCCUCCCCCUUAAUUUGUAUUUGUAGACAUUGCCUAGUAGUAUUCAAUCAACUAAGGAAAUGGAUUCAUUCCUUGAAUUUAAUAAUUCCCAGCAAAGGAAAGAAGAGGCACAAUUAGGUUUUUUGAAAGGCUAUGGUACUUGAGAAACAGUGAUUAGACAGCUAAUGUUUUUGAAGGCCUUUCCCCUUCAUUAAAAUCAAAGCUGCUGGCAGUAUAUAAUGACUGUGUUUACUAUAAUGAAAAAACUAUAAACAUUCAAAAAUUCAUCCUCAUAAAUUAAUUUCUGUGAAAUUAAAUGAUUCAUUUCAGGAGACAGUACUGACAGAGAGAAGACGAUUAUGGUACCAAAUUCGUCUUUUCCUAACUAAAUGAUAGGAAAUAUAUAAGAGACAUGUUAGCAAACUAUUUCUCUUCCUAACUUUAAGCUUGCUUCUUCUUACUUCAUUAGUUCUUUAUGGGCAUUACCUUUUCUGGUUGUACUUACCCAGCAAAGUAAUCAAAUGAGAUAAAAUUUGUAGAGCACUUAGCACGGUACCUGGCAAAUAGUAGGUGCUUAAUAGAUGCUUCAC